AAUCCCGCGGCAAAGCGCGGGCAAAAUUUUCAGACGGUUAGGGUUUUUCCUCUUUGUUCAGCAUGACAACAGAGGACGGCGGUGUAUCAAAAAAGAGGAAAGCCGUUUCCUUCGACGUUCCCGAACCCGAACCCGAACCCGAUCCCGACUCCUCCCCUCCGUCCCGCCACCGCCCCAGUAAAGACUCCCGACGUCUUCUUCCCGUCCCCACCGAUGCUCAUUUGUUCGACAACGAGAUCGACUACACUACUGAUCGCAAGUACCGUAUUCCCGACUGGAUCUGGCAUGACAAUGCUAGAGGUAAAAAAGAUGAUAAUCAUCGACUAUUGUUCUUGAACCGUAGGGUACGUGAAAUUGAUCUGAAGCGCUUACAAGUGAAAUUUCUUAAAGAGGAAAAGAUAUUUCAAGAUAAGAAACAGAAAUGGGUUGAAGAAUACUUGAUUAAUCAGCCUGGCUGCGACCAGGAUGAGUUGAAAAAGAACUUGUUUGCGGAGGUAUCUAAAUGGGAAGCACGAUACGAGGAGGAGCACUUUGAGCCCUUCUACAAAAAGAGAUAUGAGAUUGUUACUGGAGGAGGAUAUGAAAAACCAAUUAAAGACAAGGGACUGGAUAAAUUUUGGGUUUCUGCGUUGAAGGCAAAUGAGAUACUUGUUAGGCAGAUUGAAUCACCAGACCAUGAUUAUCAGGCUCUCUGUCAUAUCACUGAUAUCAGGUGUCACAGGAUAGACGAUCCGAGAGGAUUCAAGCUCGAGUUUCUCUUUUCUCCUGAUAAUCCUUUUUUUAAAAAUGAAAUCCUUACUAAAACAUUUGAGAUGAUUGGUGACAACUCGUCUGUGGUGUUGAAAGCAAUUGGGACGGAAAUUGAAUGGUAUGAUAAGAAAAGCUUGACAGAGAAACUUCUUUUAGUAAGGUUGCACAAAGGUUCGCAAGUCAAAGUUAUAGAGAAGUGUCGAAGCUUCUUCAACUUCUUUGAAACAAAAAUUUAUGAACAGGAUUUUAUCUUUAAUGAAGAAUCUGGUGAACUCAAAGGGCUGCUACCGAUGGAUUAUAUAAUUGGUCUUGCUAUUCGAAACCAAAUCAUUCCUCAUGCAGCAUUGUGGUACAAACAUGAAGAGGAGAAUUGUGUGCAGGAUGAUGAGACAAUCAUUCCUUGGGCAGAAGGGUGGUACGAAUAUGUAAUCGAUGAUUGUAGGCCAGAAGAUCAUGCUGUCAUUUUGACAUGCACUUGAUGGGUGGAUGCACUUGCUUGGUCUACAUGAUUCUGCUUUUGAGAGUUUUUAGUGUUUGGUGUUGGCUCUCUCGAAAUUCUCAAAUGUCAAAGUUCUUGUGACCGGUUCGUUUUUUCCAAAAACGUCUUUGUAAAUUAGAAUUUCCCUUCUGCCAUUUAUGUUGGAAUUUUACCGGUGUUAAUGUUUUGAUGUGUUUUAUGUUGGAA